UUAUCUCUUGGCGCGGGCGUGGGCCAUGCUGGCCGCGUGCCUGGUCGGCGCGCUGAUCGUCGUCGGGGUGUUCGAGUCCUUCAUGCGGCCCUCCGAGCUGCCGAGCCUCGCGGUCGCGCAGCUCGCCCCGCCCGCGAGCCCAGGGGGGCAAGGGGCCUGCUGGGCCCCCUGCGUCCACGUGGAGGUGUUCGGGCGGCCGAUCCAGACCCGGGAGUCCUGCCGCGGCGUGCAUGUCGACCUCGGGCGGUGCCGAGCGCAGGCCCCAGCGCUGUGCGCGCCCCGGGGGCCCCGCGCCCGCCAGGAGCGCCUGGUCGACAUCGGCUCCAGGCAGUGGCGCCGCGCCUUCGCGGCCGCAGUGGAGCAGCUGGGGGUCUACUCGGUCGGGCCGACGCUCUACGCGCGGCGGCGCGGGGGGGCCGACCGCGACCGCCUCGUGGAGGCCCGCUCUCUCGGCGAGGCGCGGCAGCGCGGGCUCCGGCGCAGCUUCCGCAGUGUGACUCGUUGCGACAUGUCUGCGCGGGCCUCCUCGCAGCUCGGCAAGUUCCCUGUGGUUUGCAGGCGGGGGUCGCGGGCGUCGUGGAGCGCGACGUCAGGCCCUCCGCCGAGCGCUGCCAGGCUCUGGCGCAGCGACAGCCAGCCCUACGGCGUGUUUUCCUAG